AUGAUCUCUCGUUACCAUAGAGUCGCCGAUGCUCAAGCUGCGAUUGACGCGCUCAAAGCAAAAUUAGUUACCCAAUUCGCCCAAUUCGAGACGGAACGUAAACUUCACAAAGACAGAGAAGCAAAACUACGGCAACAGCUGGAAGAUUACAAUCCCAUGUUCCUGAAACAUGAGUGGAGAAGACCAUAUUUGGAGUAUCUAGCAGAAGUCGACGCUGCUGUUCGCUGCCGCGCUCUGGAGCAGGCCAAAGGUCGUAGAAUAUUUGAAGGUUCAAAUGACGAGUUCUCACAUAUCCGCAAAAAGGUCGAUAUCAAAAUCAUUGAAAAGGGAAAUAUCGCUUGUCACCGUGGAAAUAUAAAGGCCGACGCCUCUCUAUACAAACUAGGAUAUAGAUGUGCAAAGAUGGAUGAGGCAUUCUUCCGCAGCAUUUACUAUCUGGGACCUCUUGGUCUUGAUCCAGAUCCUCUGGUAUAUAGAAAGUUGACAGAGGCUCUAAAUCUACGAGGUACAAUGUUGUUUUGCUUUUCGUUCACAGAAUCAUCUAGAUCGUCUUAUCAAGAUACCCAAUUCUCUUCAUUAUUGCGACAGAUCUACAUUACGAUGAAUGAUGCGAAGAAGGAUCAGAAAUCACCAAAGUUGUUUGAUGCCGACCCUGAGGUGGAACAGAAAAUUGUUUUAAUGCGCAAAAUUGCAGAGGAAGUCAGCAUACUCUUGAGAAAAACAACUCCAGUCCCCAUUCUCCAUCUUCAUUUCAGACUCAUCACAAUGAUGGAUCCCGAUCUUCCUCAAGAGGCCCUCGCCACGUUCAACGAAGAGGCUAGUCAACUCUUUAAAUUGCACGACAAAUCCAAUGCUCUCGAUAUCAAUCUUCUACGCGUCAACUACGAGCAUCAGCAGAAGCUGAACAGUUUUGCAGCCAGAAAAUACAGCUGGUAUGAGAGCGUUAAUCAAUUGUUCAAGAGCUUUCUGGGAUUACUUUCCGGUGGUCAGACUCAAUUAAAUUUGAUGAAAUUCACACAUGAUAAUAUCGAAGUUACUCUAGGAACGCAAGACGAUGAGCAGAGUAUCAACAAAGCAUGGGAAGAAAGCAUGAAAAAUAUGGUCGAGAGUCUUAUGGCCGAAAAGUCUAGAAAUAUUUCCACUUACCACGAGCAGAAAAAGGAGAUCUUGAAAAGUAUCAACGUCCUUCUCGAUAAUCCAAAGUCUAUGACCUCUACAGUUGAUAAUAACAUUGAAGCUUCCACCGAUCACACUCGGUCGUUAGUCGCCGUCUUAGCUGAAAAUGCUCUUCUCAAAUUAGAACUUGCAAAGGCCAAGUAUGAAUCAGCACGAGUUAGAAGCCUCAAACCCUAUACUGGUAGUACAUCAUCACAAGAAAUCUUAACCUUGAAGCAGAAAUUGGAACAAGUUGAAGACGAAAAGGCUGAACUUGUGUUGGGACUUUCUGCUACCGAGGAUGAACUUGAAUCGACACGGGCAUCGCUUGCCGAUGCAUACACAGAAAUUGAGAGCCUAGACUACAAGCUCAACGGGAAGAAUCAUCCAAAUCAUGAUCUCCGUACACUUGCCGUUAAUGUCCGCCUUCGCUUUCUGAAUCAAGCAACUCGACGCAACAAUCGUGGCAAGUAUACAGCAGUACAUGGUCUGAAAUUUACCGACGUAGGCGCCAUUGAGCGCGGCUCAGCUGCUGUACAUGGUGGAGAUGUCCGAACUGAUGCCUUCAUGAUUCGGAAUAACAUACACAACAAGUUCGACGAUGACUAUGAAUUACUUUUCUUGCGUAUUUAUGGUGUCUCUAUUGACGAGGUUUCUCAAGGAAGAGAUGGCAAAUAUCGUCUUGGCUCCAAACAUGUCGAAAUAGCGGAUUUGAGAGGCACAAUGUCGCACUGUUUGUCGUUCUCCGAACUUACACAUGAUAAGGAAAUGGAUGAUAGGUUUGAUGGUUUACGAUAUCAGUGUGAUAUGAUUUAUCAAGAAUAUUUCGCACAAUUAGGAUCGGCAGCUAAAGCACAAGAUGCCUUUAAUAACAACCAGGACAUCGAUGUACACCUUGUCACCAUGCGAAAUAUUUCUGAUCACAUUGUUGGCCUAGAGAAGCAAAGACUCAGGAGCGAUCUUCACACAAUGACGUUCCUUGGUCCUUCUACCACCAAGAAAGUCAAGGGCAUAAAAUCCUCCAUUCAAGAGGAUAUCAGACGACCCCUUGCCCUCCUUAGUCAAAACAUAAACCGCGCCAAGCCAAUUACCGAAAAUCCCAGCUCCUACAUAACCAACGAAUCCAAGAAAGCCAUAUCCGUCUUGAUAAACCAGCAUGAGCAAGCCAAGUCUGAGCUCGAGAGCCACAAAUCAUCCGAGUCGAAGAUGAAGAACGAAGUCGAAGAACUGCGCACACAAAUCCAAGAGCUUCAUGAUACCAUCAAACAUGAUCAAGAUGACCUGAAAGAAUUGAAUCAAAUUAUCGAGGGGGGCAUGCAAGGAUCCUCUACUAUUCCCGAUACACAGGAAGCUCUUCUUGAAAAGUUGAUCGCUAGAGAAGCUGUUAUCGAUCGAGAAAUCUUCAAUCUCCGGGACGAUAAAGUCAUUUCGAGAGCUAAAAUUUGGUUUGACGCCGUGGGAAAAGUAGACGAAUCAAUCGAACAUCCUGAUCAAGCUAGCCGAGAUAGAAACCUAUCAAUGCGCAAGGAGAUGUACAUUAGGACCAAGCGUUCUAUUGCUCAGGAUACAAAAGCUGCACUAUUAUCAACAAAAGAGGAUAUUCGAAAGCAGAAACUCGACAUAUUGCGCGAUGACAGUGUUGAAGGCCACGUACCACUUGCUCCUCCUUCGCCAAUUUCCAUGGAUAGCGAUCAGGUCUCAUAUGUAGCAGAAACUCCACUUGAUGAUCCUUUCGUCGAGGACGCUCCACAAAAUCGAGAUGGCUCUUGGGCUACAAUUAACGGAGAAGAAUCCUCUGAUAUAUUGAGUCGUGUCUUUAGUGAAGACAAUCAGACAGAAGAAGAAAUUCAUAGGGCAACAAUCGAAGAGGACACAUCCCUCAGACUCCAAAUUCAGAAUACGGAGCGAAAAAUCCAAGAAUGGGAGGGAAAUUUCGAUCGCUUUAAACUCGAAACUCAAGCCACGAUUGAAAGACUAGCUUCUGAGAUUUCUUUCAGUGAAGACUCUCUUCAAGAGUAUAAGAACGCCUUAGAUGACGCUGAUGAAGUGCGCGGACAACUCGUACACAAUUUAGCACAGAUAGAAGGAGACAGAGACCGACUUUGUGUUAUAGUCGAAGAGGUCGGCCUUCCCAUCUUAGCACGAAACGCAGAGAACAUGAAGAGAAUCAAGCGCGAUGGCGUUUUUACAUCACUCGGCAACAGUCAUCUUCCAUUCAACGAAAUUCUUGUACGUAAUGGAGAUUAUGCCGCAACUGGAGGUCACAUCGAUGCACAUCUUGCCUCUAUUCUUCUAUGCGAGAAGGAAAUCGUGAGCGGUCCCGUCAUCAGUCAUGAAAUGUUUCUCAACAUGUAUGGCGUUUCUGUUGGUGAAUACCGUCCCUUGUACAAAGUAUCUGACAGACUGGAUGAGAUGUUCAACAUGCAUGCUAUGCUUGUGGAAUCUGGUUCUUUUACUGAGAAGACACUCUCCGAGACUCGAGAUUCUUUGUUUCAAAACUUGUUUACACAAGGUUUGCUUCAAUUCGAUACGAUUGAGGCGCCUAACGCGAAGGAUAAAGGUCGUAUCUUCGACUCGCAGGAUGGGGAGGACCAAAUCCAAACAUUCAAUGAAAUGCUAGAGAUUGUGCAGGAUAUCAAGCGAAUGCAGAGGGAUGCAAAGUCAGAACCGGUGUCUGAACAAUCGGAUUCUGAGCAGUCGGUUUCUGACCAAUCGGUCUCUGAAUCCUGA